AUGAAUGAUUUGAAAUUGAUAACAGUAACAAUUAUUAUGAUGGUGGUGGUAGUUCGUGUCAACAACAAUGCCUCGUCAACGUCGUCAUCUUCAUCAUCAGUCUAUCGAGGUAGCUCAAGCAGCGUCAAUGGACCAUCACAACCUUUGCGCAACCCUGUGAACAACAACAGCAAUAACAACAACAAUGAAUCUUCGCUGUUGUUUGGCAACAACGAUUCAACAAUCUAUGAUGGCUCCAUGCCAGGAGGUGCAAACAUUGACGAAUCAAUCAACAUCCCCUUCACCCCGAUAGCACCCAAUCGUGCUGCCAACUUGUCAUCAUCAAGGAACAACUCGGCGGCUGCAUCGUCUUCGUCGUCGACCAGACGUGAUGACCCCUCGCCCUUAUCAUCAUCUCAGUCUCGCGGCAGCAGCAGCAACUCAAGAUCGAACAACCUCUCAUUUGCCAACACAUCAACAAUCAAUGGUGGUGGUGAUGAUGACCUCAGUCAACUGAUAAACUCUGUGAAGAAGACCUUGAGGGAGGACCCGCAGCCAGGCAGACACUACAUCAGUAGCAACAGCGGCAACAACACGUCUACAGCAUCAGCAACAGGAACAGGAACAGUACCAACUACUACUACAACACCAAUGUAUUCAUCAUCAAACACAACUUAUGACAAGUCAUCUUCGUCACCUGUGAUGGUCGGGGACCAGAAUGACAUCAACAACUUGACAAGCUAUCCCGUGGAGUAUAUCCGUCAGCUGGAGGAUCACUCAAGAAUGAUGGACGAUCGUAUCCGACGACAACAGCACAAUGGCAUCGAUGCUAGCACUGUACCCGUACUUCCAUUCAAUGUUGAUGCCAACUCACCACGAACAACCGCCACAACUACACCCACGAGCAACAGCAGUGGUAGCAAGUGCGAGAAGUGCCCACGACUUGAGAGACAGAUCGCAGAGUACAUCAAGAACUUUGAGCAGGAGAGACAGUGGCGCGAGCAGGUUGAGCGCGAGCUGGACCAGGCGCUGGCCGAGAAGGCGCGUCUGGCAGAGUACAGCAGUCGCCUGCCUGAUGAGCUGCGCUACCUGUUCGAAGAGGAGAAGCAGACCCUUGUAAAUAGUCAUAACAGAGAGUUGGAGACAUUGGAGCGACGUGCCAACAAGUUCAAAGAGAGCUGUGAGCUGCUGGUGCCCCACAUGGUCCAGUACGACGAGUUCAAGAAGGAGACGGCCGAGCGCGAAAGGAAGCAUCAGGAGGAAAUGGCGACCCUGCGCAAGCAGCUGGACGAGGAGAGACAGCAGCGCACAUUGGCCGAGGAGUUCAGCCAGCAGCUCGAGACACUGAGACGUGAACACGAGUCGCUGGUCAAGAGGGCGAAGGAGAUGCGUCAGGACCUGCUCAAGGCCAAUGAGAUCAUCAAGAAGGAAAGGGCGGAUGCGGCGCAGGCCUUGCAGAGUGAUGCCGCUCAGUUCCAACAGAUCCUCAAGACGAAGGACCAGGAGUUGGCAGGUCUGCAGCAGAAGUUGCGCAACAAGGAUCAGGAUCAAGUCAAGAUGCAGAGGGACAUGGAGUCAAUGAAGCAAGAGUACCAACAGAGGCUCAUCUCCAAUGAUAACCAAUACCUUCAGUCGCAACAAGCCAGUGAGAAACAGAUCAAGAGUUUGAUGGAACAAUUGCGAAUCCAGCAACAUGUGAACAACUUAUCAUCGUCAUCCUCUUCAUCCUCAUCAUCACCUACACAAUCAAUGUCACAAUCACAAUUACAACAAUCACAACAUCAACUUCCACAACAACUUCCACAACAACAAUAUCGUCAACAACCGAUGCAACAACAACAACAACCUCAAUCACCAAGUCCAUCCAUCAACAACAGGAGUUUGGGUAUGAGUAGCUUAGGAAGCACUUAUACACCACCAAGGAUCACUCCAAUCUCCACCAACCUACCACCAAUGUCCUCCUCCUCCACAGCAUCAAGAGGAACACCAUCACGUUGA